GAUAGACACUGAAAGUUCACAGCUGAGGCAGCCCAGUAUUGAAUGCCUCAUGAGUGUGUGUGUGUGCAUGUGCCCCUCCCCACCUCCCUCCGGAGCAUCCAACCACAGAGGCUGUGUGUGUGUGUGUGUUGUUGAGGGGAAAUGGCCCAGAUCUGGUGGAUAGCUCUCCUCCUGGUCCCGACCACAACUCUGGCCCAGAGUGGGGAUCCAGACGAUGAUGAUGGUGAAGCAAGUCUUACCUGUUCCUCCGACAUCAGCAUACACCUGAACAACCUCACCUGCCUCCUGAGUGAAGAGGAAGAGGUGGAAGUCGUGACACUCUGGUAAUGUCAGUGUAUUCGUUUAAUUCAAGAGACUUUUUUAUCCGAGGCGGUGGCAGCGGUGGGGGGGUGAACCUCAAUACCUCGACCUCUUACUAUACCACUGAGCUACACCCAUCCACAUGUUUACACUUGGGCUGACCCCAUAAGCAUGGAGGAGGAUAUCUCCCCCCCCCCCGAACCUGUUAUUUCAGGUCAAUCAUUCUUUAGCUGGUUCAGCGAACCAGGAAGUCAGAAGACGAUCUGUUUAGAGGAAAGCAGACCUGGGAAAGAUGUCACAUUUUCGAAUUUGGAAAUGUUGACCGUGUACAACCUCACGUACCGUUUAAUGGGAGGAAGUGUUACAAAGCAAAAAAUCGAGUUAAAAAAAAUAGUGAAACCCAAGACUCCGUGGGUGGUUAACACCACAUACGUACCAGGGUCAGACACGCAUCUGAUACAGAUCGGAACACCGUACAAGAACGAUUACCUCAGUCAGAAACUGCAGUUUGAGUUAGAAAUCUGGAGUGCCGACAGUCUUCCCCUGACCCCGACCAUCUCGUAUCAGGACUAUACCAUCGAAGGGGAGUACCUUAAGAAGAACACACUGUAUCACAUCCGAGUUCGGGCCAAACCUAUAGGCGAUUACUUCAAAGGCUUCUGGAGUGAAUGGAGUCCCUCUGUCAGUUUCACUACCUACAGAGAGGACCUGAGGUGGGAUCAGCCAGUACUGAUGUACAUUCUGUCCCUGGCCUUUGUAAUCUUGCUGCUCUUAACCAUGACUGCUGUUUUCUUCUGGCGGAAACGGAUCAAGUCCCUCAUCUGGCCAAGCAUCCCACACCCUAAGCACACUCUGGUGCACCUGUACCAUCCAAGCAAACACCCCCCAGUGAGCUUCAACCCCGAGAUGUUCAGCGACCUCUCUGUCCGCCUGGUGCAGAAGGUCCCCGAGCUCUCGACCGACGACAGCUCGGGCACUGGAGCGUCAGAGGCCACCCUGCUGAGCAGCGCUGCCUCAAACGAGUGCUCCGAGAUGGGGAGCGAGGCCACGACCAUGGGGCUUCUGGAUUUGGGAAGUGGGCCGGAUACGACUCAGACUGACACGGAUGCUGGCGAUGGAGACGGGGUUCCUGAGAGCGUUGAAGUGAGGGGACGAGGUAAGGAGGAGGCCUACGUCACCAUGUCCAGUUUCUAUCAGGUUAAACUACAGGAAGCCAAGUCCAAAAAGGUAGAAACUUGACACAUCGCGUACUCUCAAAUCAGCGAUAUUGAGACUUGUGUGGGACCUCAAGAUGAUACCUUUUUCUUGGGUGCUCACCAAUGAUCUCGUAGCACAUUCUUCUCACACAUAGUGGUAUUUCGGAGCCACAUCGAUGCACUUACCAUCUCCAUUAUUCUGCUUGUCUGGGGUUUCUGUUGGUGGUUAUUGAGAACAGAGACAAGGGUGUUCUGAAAACGUCACAGUGCCUUCCUCUUAUCUAUUACUUUGCACUCAACGCCACAGAAAGUCACGUCAAUACACAACAGAGUGGAGACACAUUAUCAUCACUGCUGCUUUAAGCGUCAUUACACACAUUUCACCCUGACAACUGCGAUAUCAGUUUAGAAUGUACUAUUCACUUGGUCAGCGCAGCACAAUUCCUGAUCCAAAUAUGUCAUCUUAAUGUUAGACACAUGCAAUGUUAAGUGGGGUUUUAUUACGUUUUUUUUGUGAUUAUCUUGGCCUAUUGUGCUUUGUUGUGUUACUGUGUUGAAAUCGGAUGUACUUUUCUAUUCUGUUUUGUACCAUGUUUAAAUACAUAGUACUUUUUAUUUUCCUAUGUUCAACAUGUCUGUAGGACUUUAGCAUUAGGCAACGUGUUUCUAUCUAUAUUAUGAUUAAUGGAUGAUUAAUGGUGGACUUCUUUGCAUAUUGUACUUUUAAUACAGCAUCUUGAUAUAUUUAAUAUGUUGCUUUAGUCUGAAAAUGUAACAGGAUUACUGUUUUGCAUUUUAUUAUUGCAUCUUUAAACUAAUAAACACAUUAAUAAACA